AUGCAUUGGACCACCACUGUAAGGAAAUCACAAGCCUACUUAUGUCCUGAAGCAACUGCAGUUCAAAAGUUGUGCCCCAUUGCACUUGCAGCACUACACCCAUCUGCAUUACCGAAAGUGAAUCAAAAAUUCCUGUUUGUUGGGGUAAUCCCAACUACCAUCUGCCAACAACUUAAGCCCGAACAUAUCUGGCCAUUAUGGCUUACUAUUUUUGUUUCUAGCAGCAAACAGGCAAUUCUAGCAUCCACCACUUCCUCAUCUGCCCUAGGUUUGUCUCCAAACGAAUUCAUCUAUUUUGCAGGUAGUGGUGUGACACGUGGAGAGGAGGGAUGGAAAAACUUAAUUCUGCACACGAACAUUCUUAAAAAUCUCUUUCGUGAGUCACCAUUGCUCACCUGUCCAUUAUCUACUCCACUGAGUCAAUCUGCGUCUUCUAAGGGUAACACGACGUUAGCUUGUCAUCACGUCCCAUCAGCCUUUUACAAGUGUGAUCUCAAAGUAUUUGUAUUCUUGCAAAUUUCAUUCGCAACUAUACAACCGUCAGUUAGUGUGAAAUUAUGUAGGCACAAAUGUGGAAGAUUGCAGGACUCAAGCAGGCAUGCAUUAUACAAUGACCAUGUGAGAGAACCUCCUGCACAUCUUCUAAUUAUUUUGUGCCUAAAUGGUCUCUGGUUAUCAUUUUCAGGCCACAAAUCUUGCGCCACAAAUGAAAGUGGAGUAAGAAGCAGUCCUAGUGGUGAAGACUCCUUUCAUUUAUGGAGGGUAACACUGCAAAUUAGUCAAGGCAAACCUAGUGACAUUCUUUUCUCAGUUAACACCGAUUUUGUGACGUUGGCUGGAAAAUGCUUUGAAUAUGUUUGCAGCCUGCCUAAUCAAAUUAAGGCAAGUGCAACACCAAUUUCUAAACGUGAUCACACUAUUAAAAAAAAGGAAAAAGUCAAAACCGGAAAUAUCAUUUUCAGUGGAUUGCUGCCCAGCACCAAUUACAAAUUGAUCAUAAAGGCACUUCGAAAUAGUAUUUUUUCCUUACGAAGCAAAACUAAGUUUGAAACAGGGUCAACUGAUGGUGGCGGAAAUACCCCUACAACAGGGACGAGUGUAUUCAUAUAUUUGCAAACUUUAUUUGACGCUGUACAAAUGUCAGGAAGGAUGGAAUUAUGUGUUCACGAAUGUGGGACAUUGCAGGACUCAAGCAGGCAGGCAUUAUACAUUGACCACAUGAAAGAACCUCCUGCAAAGCUUCAUAGGGUGUGCCUUAUCAAAACUUCACAUCGUUCACCACAGAAGAGCAGUUUAUGGAAACAAUACCAGGUCUUACUGCCUGAAGUGAAGGCAGCAUUUUUUCAUUCUGUGGCCAAUGCACAAGUGCGGUUUUCAUGCACCACAUGA